CUCCUCUUUGUUUCUGUUCCAAUAACAGCUGUUUGCUUUAUAAACACACUCAGGGAAUUUGUUUUUGAAGCAUUGUUUCUUUAAUUACUCCGAUAAUUUUCCAAAAUGCCAUUAAAACGCAAAUCUGAUCUUGGAAGAGAUUCUCGAGCACAAAGAAGAGCUAGAAGACGCCGACUUUUGAAUCUUCAAGAGGAACUUAGAAGCAUUAAGCAAGAGGAACAAAAAGAGAUUUUUGAAUCACUUGAAGCACUGGAUCAGUCAGAAAUUAGGCUACUACGGCUUACCCAAAAUUCGGCCACUCAAAAUGGUGCUGAAAAUGUGGAGCAAACUCAACAAUGUCAACUAAAUGAGGCAUCGAUGACUUAUAAUAAUAGUCGAUCGAAUAGAACUUGGUCGUUGGAAAGCAUGCGUCAAGCACUACAGGCAGUUGACGGAGGAAUGUCAGUACGAAGCUCCGCUGAACUCUACGGCAUCCCUCGUAACACUCUGACUACCUACGUGGCCAGUGAACUUAGACUUGAAGAUGAGAUGAAGUUUAUGGAAAAUUUUGAUCCUGAAAAAAGCAAGAGGGAACAAAGAAAGUUAAACAGAAAGAUUUCCAAUGUGGCAACCCGGAAGUCAGUGUAUGACGAGAAGGGUAUACAUGUCAAGACAGGAUUGGACUUGUGUGACUGCCUCAAUGACAAGUGUGAGGGCUGCUUUUUCCCCUGCACCAGAUGUCGUUCGACUAAAUGCGGCCACGAGUGUCGCUCGCCGAUGGAUGUAUGAGACCCACACUAUCCAAGGGAUGGACGAGAUAAUACAAAACCAGUAUUUGGACCAUUAAGCACCUGUAAAACUUCAAUUUUUGUGUUAUAUAAAAUAAAUAAAAUAUUUAUCCAAUUGACAGCUCGUCAAUUUAGUCUUGACAGCUAGUCAAUUGAUUUGAUCGCUACAAAGGAGAUAAUUUUUCUUUAGAAUUAUUAAAAGUUUCAAUUUCUAUCUUAAGACUUUCUACUGUAUUCUAAAUAUUCAAAAAAUACUUCUCUUGUUUUCUGAUAAGUUUUUAUAGUGUUGAAAGUGAAGUAAUACAGAUCUGUAACACUGUUUUGAACAGGUUUUAGAAAAUGUUGUGUGUUUUUAUUGUUUUUGAAUAAAGUUUUUAAAACUUAUAA